AUGCAUGCGCAGACGAGGGAUUGGCCAUGGGGAAUUACGUCAACACGUAUCUUUGUCCGCGGCCUCCCCCCCACCUUCACCGAGUCCGACUUCCGCGCCCACUUCUCCGCGCAGUCGCCCGACGCAAUAACAGACACCAAGCUGAUCCCGUCCCGCCGCAUUGGGUAUGUGGGCUACAAGACGAACGCCGAGGCCGAGCGCGCCGUAAAAUACUUUAACAAGACCUUUAUCCGCAUGUCUCGCAUCUGGGUUGAGCUCGCGCGCCCUGUCGCAGACGCAGAGCUCCCGAGAGCGUGGAGUAAGCAUACCCCCGGGUCUACAGCGUACAAGCGUAAACAUGAAGCACAGGAGGCCGCCGCCGCUGCUAAGACGGACGGCGCAAAGCGGAAGAGAGGCGAAGAGACGGCGCCGGCGCCGGAGGACCCAAAGCUGAAGGAGUUCUUGGAGGCAAUGGCGCCAGCAUCCAAGUCCAAGACGUGGGCGAAUGAGGAUCUGACGACAUUUGGACAGGGCGCGGCGGCGCCGGCAAUGGAUACUGUUGCGGUGGUAGAGGCGGGAGAGAGCGACGAUGAAUAUGAGAGUAUUCCGGUCAAGAAGAAGGAGAAGAAGGAGCCGAAGGAAAAGGCGCCGGAGAGCAGGCCGCAGGAGGAUGUGGAGAUGGGUGGUGCUGGGGAAACGAAGGAGACUGAGGCGGUAGAGGCGGAACCGGCAGCACCAGUGUCGGAUGCGGACUGGUUGAGGUCCAAGACGAGCCGAUUGUUGGAUCUGACGGACGAUGUGGAUGCGGAGAUCGCGAGAGUGUCGCUAAACGAUACUACAACUACCCAGGCGCCCCCACUAAGAGCUCCGGCCGCACAGAGCGAAUCCGAGGAAUGGAAAGGCAUUGACGAGGAAAUGACUGAACCCGCUAAAGCCGAAGAAUCAGAGGAAGAGGAGAAAGGCACAACCGAGGAAGAAGCCGCCUUUGAGACGAUAUCCAAGAGCGGGCGACUAUUCCUACGGAAUUUAUCAUAUUCGGUUACCGAAGAUGAUCUUCGGGAACAUUUCAAAGAGCACGGCGAUUUGGAAGAGGUGCAUCUCCCAAUUGAUAACAAAACCAACGCCUCCAAAGGCUUUGCCUACGUCCAAUACACAAAUCCUAUCGACGCCGUCGAAGCCUUCAAGCACCUUGACCGCAAGAUCUUCCAAGGCCGCCUCCUACACAUCCUCCCCUCAGCCCCGAAGCGUGAGAACCGCCUCGACGAAUACGCCCUCUCCAAGCUCCCUCUCAAAAAGCAACGCGAGCUUAAGAAGAAAGCCGGUGCCGCAACAUCUCAGUUCAACUGGAACAGCAUGUACAUGAGCGCCGACGCCGUCAUGUCCUCCGUCGCCGACCGCCUCGGCGUGCCCAAAGCCGAGCUCCUCGACCCCACCUCCUCCGACGCCGCCGUGCGCCAGGCCCACGCCGAAACCCACGUCAUCCAGGAGACCAAGGCCUACUUCCGCGCUCAGGGCAUCGACCUCAACACAUUCAACAAGAAGGACCGCGAUGACAAAGUCAUCCUCAUCAAGAACUUCCCCUACGGCACCAAGAUCGACGAGCUCCGCAAAAUGCUCUCCGAGUUCGGCCAGCUCGGCCGCGUCCUCAUGCCCCCCUCCGGCACCAUCGCAAUCGCAGAAUUCCUUGCCGCCCCCGCCGCCCGCGUCGCAUUCGCAGGCCUCGCCUACCGCCGCUUCAAAGACAGCGUCCUCUUCCUCGAGAAGGCUCCCCGCGGCCUCUUCACCGCCUCUUUCGACCCCACGCAAUCCAACCCCAACGCCACGCAGCUCGCCGCCGCAGCCGCAAUCUCCUCCGCCGCCAAGGACGCAAAACUAUCCGCCGGCGACCUCCUCAGCACCGAAGACGCAUCCGCCGACACCUCAACCCUCUUCGUCCGCAACCUCAACUUCUCAACAACUAGCGCCCUCCUCGCAGACACGUUCCGCCCCAUCGACGGCUUCAUGUCCGCGCGCGUCAAGACCAAGACGGACCCCAAGAAGCCCGGCCAGGUUCUCUCAAUGGGCUUCGGCUUCGUCGAGUUCCGCACCAAAGCCGCGGCCGAGGCCGCCCUCUCCGCAAUGGACGGCUUCGUCCUCGAGGGCCACAAGCUGCUCAUCAAAGCCUCGCACAAGGGCCUCGACGCCGCCGCCGAGCGCAAGAAGGCCGACACGGCAAAGAAGGACGCCAGCAAGCGCACAAAGAUCAUCAUCAAGAACCUGCCCUUCGAGGCCAGCAAGAAGGACAUCCGCGCGCUAUUUGGCCACUACGGGACGCUACGCACCGUGCGCGUGCCAAAGAAGUUUGGUGGCGCGACGAGGGGUUUUGCGUUUGCGGAGUUUGUGACGAGUCGGGAGGCGGAGGGCGCGAUGGAGGCGCUGAAGGAUACGCAUUUGUUGGGCAGGAGGCUGGUGCUGGAGUAUGCGGCGCAGGAGGCGGCGGAUGCGGAGGAGGAGAUUGAGAGGAUGGGGGAGAAGGUGGCGAGGCAGACGGGCGCGGUGGCGCUGCAUAAGUUGAGGGCGGAUAGGAAGAGGAAGGUGGAGAUUGCUGGGGAUGGGGGCGUGGAGGAGGAGAUGUAG